CCCUUCCUCUUUCUACACAAUGAAAUGACUGCUUUCUACUGCACUCCACACGAAAACAAACCCCUCUUAAAUUAUUCAACGCUCUCGUUUCCUUACAUACCUCUCUCGCUCUCCCUUCAAAACUCAGCCUUCCUCUGUUUCCCCUGCUUUCUCUGUUUCUCUCACACUCAAUAAACACAUCUUAUGCCAGUCCAUUUUCUGCCCUUAACCCUGUCUAUCUAAUUACUCAAAAAUGGGUAAUUGUUGUGGUCGUUGUGAAUUCAACUCAGGACUAGCCAUAGUGGGUGCGUUGGCGAAGCAGAGUAAAGUAGUAAGGGUAGCGAAGUUGGAUGGGAAGAUACUGGAGUUUAGCUCACCAGUUCUCGUCAAGGAAGUGUUGAACAACUUUCCGGAGUUUCAUCUUGGGGCAUCUAAGGAAGCGUCGGAGUCAGAGCAUCUUUGUCGAGACUAUGAAUUGAGAGCUGGUCGAUUGUAUUACUUGCUUAGCUCUCCGUCUCGUCCUCCUCCGAGUGUUUCUUCCACCGGAAACAGAGAGCCGACUAGUGGGGGUAAGAGGGUCAAAGUUGUUAUAACAAAGAAACAACUAGAAAUGCUAGUGUCCAAGCAGAUCUCCUUACAGGAUGUACUGUCCCAGGUGCAUGAUAAGACUUUUAACCUGCCAAGCAAUUGGAAGCCCAAACUGGACUCCAUUCCUGAAGUGAACGAGUAACAUGUAUAAAUAUGUCUUUUCUUGUGUUUUCUCUUCUUGCUGCUUAACGUUUUCUUUUCUUUCUUCCUUUCUCUGUUUCUGUGAUUUUGGUCUGUUCUCCCGAGCUGACAUGGUCGUCGUUGUAGUUAAAAGGAGGAAAAGAAAGAAGGAUAAGGAAAACGUAAGCCUUAGCAUAAACUCUAUGAUAAAUAGGAAGCUAAGGUCGAUUUUCAUUUUGCCACUCGUUUUGUACUGGCGGUUUUCAUAUGUAGUUGUGCGUUGUUGUUUUUAACGAUAACAGAUGAUGGGAAGGGAGAAUUUUCAUUUCA